CGCCUAUCUGCCACGCCUGAAAAAAUGGCAUCCGAGGCUGCUAGAGUAGCACAAAGAUGUGAAGAGGCUAAAGAGAAAAGAGACAACUUGGAUUUGAGUGAAUGUGACCUAAGGAAAUUUCCAGAUGCUGUGUACUUUUUGAUGAAAGGUCUAGAACUUCAGACAUUGUCAUUAGCUCACAAUGACUUGAAAAUAUUGCCAAAGAAAUUCAGCUCUAAAUUUUCUACACUGACAAGAUUGGACCUUUCUUUUAAUCAGUUGUCAUCUCUUCCUGAGGAGAUAGCUGACCUACAGCUUCUUACCUCUCUCAAUGUUAGCCACAACAAAUUAUCAUCAGUACCUGACUCUCUCUCUUCAAUCGAGUCACUGAUUGAGCUGGAUGUUAGUUACAAUCAAAUAUCAGAGCAUUUUGAGCUGGCUAGUUUAGAAGUUUUAAGAGCAUCAAAUAAUUUGCUUACCAGUCUACCAAUUUCUCUUUCGUCGAGCAGCAUAAAAGAGAUAGAUGUCAGCUCCAAUCAGAUAGUCUCUCUUGGGAUGAAAGAGGAUGACUUGAUAUUGUUAUUGUCAUUGCAAGUAGUUGACCUCAGAAACAACCCACUUCUAGAUGAGUUGUAUUACUUUUUUAACUCUAUUACAAGUAUUAAGAUAUUUCUUGAUGCUAAAUAAUUAAUCAAUUGUAUGUGAACAAAAAUUUAAAUGGUUUUUAAUUGCUUGCUUAUAAACUUUUUUACAGUUAAGUAGCAAAAGAAGUAUGUUUGACUUA